AAAGAUACAUAAAUAGGUUAGGUUAGAGUCAAAUUAACACAUGCAGAAACUAUAGUUCUCGUGCUUAUAGUCAUGAGAAUAAAGUGCCAUAUUGCAAUGAUAAGAACGAUUUCUCCACACCCUGAUAUAAGACUCUUGAAUUAUUAUUUAAUGUAAACAAACGGUUGAUCGUGCAAAAGAGUAAAAUGGCUGUUAGUUCGCUUGUCAAUCUGGCAGACCACUGACAAUAAUGUGAGAAGUGGAUAUCAUUGUACGCCCACAUGCUUAUUGAAUGCCGAUAAGAACGUACUGAAUUUCUUGUUAAGCUGUAUUGCAUGUGCCGUACAUCAUCCACGAUGAGUAUUUUGAGAAGAAGAUUAAAUGAAUUUGAUGAUAUUUUGAAUGCUGAAGAAAUAGAUCUCAUCAGUCUCAAACGAUUAUGCUUCCAUGGAAUACCAGAUGAAGGAGGUUUAAGACCUUUGUGUUGGAAACUUUUAUUAAAUUAUUUACCUUCAACAAGACUCAGUUGGUCAGAAACACUUACACGUAAAAGAACACUUUAUAAAACCUUUAUUGAGGAUCUGAUUGUCACUCCAGGUGAAGCAAAUAGUGAUGGUGAACGUGUAGAUGUUACACUUCAUGAUCAUCCUUUAAAUUUAAACCCUGAUAGUAAAUGGCAAACCUAUUUUAAGGAUAAUGAAGUUCUCCUACAAAUAGAUAAAGAUGUUAGGAGAUUAUGCCCAGACAUAUCAUUUUUUCAACAAGGUACAGAUUAUCCUCGAGAAGAGAUUGUAAAUGCUAGUGGACAAAAACGUUUACAUUCUAGAGUACAACAUACAGUUUUAAGAAGUGCAAAUGUUGAAAGAAAGGGACUUGGUGUCACUAAGCAGAUAGCAGUUUCUAUCAGAAAAGCUGCAGAAGAUUAUGCACCACUUGCAGAAGGUGGUGAAGCACAUUGGGAAGUUUUAGAAAGAAUACUUUUUCUUUAUGCUAAAUUAAAUCCAGGACAGGGCUAUGUGCAAGGCAUGAAUGAAAUUGUUGGUCCUAUUUAUCAUGCAUUUGCUUGUGAUCCAGAUCAAAAAUGGAGAGAACAUGCAGAAGCAGAUACUUUUUUUUGCUUUACGAAUUUAAUGAGUGAAAUUCGUGAUUUUUUCAUAAAAUCGUUAGAUGAAGCCGAAUUCGGAAUAAAUUCGAUGAUGAGCAAACUUACAGCUCAAGUUAAAGCUAAUGACCCUGAAAUUUGGAUGCGUUUACAUCAACAAGAAUUAUGUCCACAAUAUUAUAGUUUUAGAUGGUUAACACUUCUUCUAUCACAAGAAUUUCCAUUACCUGAUGUUAUGAGGAUUUGGGAUUCUCUUUUUGCUGAUGAAAACAGAUUCAGCUUUUUGAUACAUAUCUGUUGUGCCAUGAUUUUACUCUUAAGGGACCAAUUACUUGCUGGUGAUUUCACUACAAAUGUUAAACUUUUACAAAAUUUUCCUUCAAUGGAUAUUCAAAUAGUACUUUCUAAGGCAGCUGCAUUGGCAGGCAAAAGUUUAAAUUCACCAUAAUUCUACAUAAUUUUUCAUGUACAACUUCGUUCGAUUUAAAAACAUAAACGAAACGUCUGAAACAUCUUUUAAAGGCCUGAAUAUUCUUCCGCGAACAAGAUUAUUAGAACUAAAAGUUGUUCUAAAUAGUUCGGACAAAAAUAUAUGUAUCAUAUAUAUUGUAACAUGAUAUUGUGUGUAAAAACUGUUAAAAAGUAAAAUGAUUUUACACAAUGUUUUAUAUUCCCGAGAUAUAAAAUUUCUCCAGUUGUAUAUUGGAGACCGGGAUUAAUAAGAUAUGAAUUUAGCUCUCUGUUUCUUUAUUUAACAAAAAAAAAAAUCUCAACCCUUAACGAAAAAAAAAUAAGUUCUAAAUACAAUGAUUUCUGUUAUUUUUCACUGCAGAUAUAUUUAAUUACAAAUUAUUAAUAGAAUUUAUAUUCGUAAAUAUUUUUUUUUGUAUUUUUAUUUUUAGUUCUUCUUAAAAACUUAUAAAAAAACAAAUUUAUUAUUUAUUAUGUAAUAACUUCAUCGAUUAUUUCAAUUUUGUUUAAAUUUGAAUAUACAUAUAAAAAUAAAAUAGAAAUUAAAAGGAAAGUGCCAAUCUAUCUAUCGAAAAAUGCAAAUUUGAAUUUGAAAAUAUUUUUGUUAAGGGUUAAGAAAAAUAUAUAUAACUGUGCUGUGAAUAAAAAAUUCAGCCAUAUUAAAAAUUUAAAUCUUGUUAUGUCCAAAAAAAACAAAUAUUUGGAUAUUAAGAAAAAAAAAAAUGUGUUUAUAAGUUGAUAUUUCAUAACAAUUUCUUAACGAACGAAGUAUGAAAGAUACUCCAUUAGUUACUAAAUGAAAAAAAGAAAAAAAAAGAAAAAAAAAAAGAAA